AUAUAUAAAGAAAAAAGUUUAGAUCUUUAUAGGACGCAUUUCCGAAAACUAACCUUAUAUUUGUUAUAAACUAAUAUUAUGGUUCGUUUUUAAAGGAAGGUUCCGCUUAUGUGCGUGCACAAGCAUGUCACGUUUAAAAAAGGAUGACGGAGAGGCACUUCAGCGACGCAUCACGGCUACUAUAGUUACCAUCCAAUGUUAACGAUACGAAGUCGCGGCAGUAUUUAGCAUUAAUAUUCACAUAAAAUGGAGUUACCAGUUACGUAUUGUUUAUGCGGUCGUUCUUACGAUUUUGAACAAUUUAUGAUACAAUGUGACGUUUGUAAAGAAUGGUAUCAUGGAGGAUGCGUAUCUAUAAAGGAAUAUAUGUCGAUAGAUCUUGACAAAUAUCAUUGUCCGCGUUGUGAAGCGAUGUGCGGACCAUCGAUUAUGAAAGUAAGAUUAAAUUGGCAUAGACACGAUUAUUCUGAACCUGAUGCGGAUACAAAACCAGUACAAACUGGCACACCAGUUUUUAUAAGAGAAUUAAAAUCCAGACAUUUUCCAAAAGCUGAUGAAGUUGUUAAGCAUGUUAGAGGACAGCAAUUGACUCUUCAACAUUUGCAAACUAAUGGUUUUGAGAGUCCCAUUAUAAUAGACGGAAAAGACGGACUUGAUAUGACUGUUCCACCUCCAAACUUCAGUGUUUACGAUAUAGAAAGUUGUAUAGGUGGAGAUCGAGACAUGGAUGUGAUCGAUGUUACAAGACAAAAUAAUAUCAGAAUGAAAUUAAGAGACUUUGUUGAAUAUUACAAUUCCCCUUGCAGAACAAGGGUUCUUAAUGUGAUUAGUCUUGAAUUUACAAACACUGGUCUUUCUCCAAUGGUCGAGGCACCAUACAUCGCGCGUAAACUCGACUGGGUUAAUUCCGUUUGGCCACGCGAUUGGCCCGAGGAUAGUGACAUAAAACGUCCGGAAGUACAAAAAUAUUGCCUAAUGGGGGUCAAAGACAGUUUCACAGAUUUCCAUAUUGAUUUUGGUGGCACAUCUGUGUGGUAUCACGUGCUACGUGGAGAAAAAGUGUUUUAUUUAAUCAGGCCUACUUCUGCAAAUUUACAAUUAUAUCAACAUUGGAUGUGUAGCUCAACGCAGAGCGAAACGUUUUUUGGAGACCAAGCUGAUGCGUGUUACAAAUGCGUUUUAAAACAAGGUCAAACCAUGAUGAUUCCAACAGGAUGGAUACACGCAGUGUUAACGCCUGUCGAUUCUUUAGUUUUUGGUGGAAACUUUGUACAUAGUCUUAACAUUCCAACGCAAAUACAAAUAUAUGAAUUAGAAAAAAAGAUGAAGACUCCUGCCAAAUUUCAAUAUCCUGGUUUUGAGACAAUCAAUUGGUUUGCAGCAAAAAAAUUAUUGAAAGAAUUGAAAGAAUUAAAUAACGAGGGAAAGAAAUGUCCCACAUAUCUCUUACAGGGUGUUAAAGCAUUACUCAGCAUUCUAAAACAAUGGAACACAGAUAAAGAUUAUAAUAUGAUUAGCAGGGGUCAAAUACCGGAAACAAUAAAUAGUCAAAAAUUGCUAAAAGAUUUUAGUAAAGAAAUACGACAUGCAGAACGAUACUUAAUGUCAUUAAAUCCUCCAAAACCAGAGCGAGAGAGUAAACGCAAGAAAAAAAAACCAUUAAACAAAGAUUUCGUAGAUUAUGAUGUUGCCGAUAAAAUGGCUGAUAAUCCGUUCAAAGCAACGUUAAAAGAGAUGAACAAAACUAGUUCUACGAACUCGGAACCACCCUCAUCGGGUAGACCACCGUUAAAAUUAACUCUACCGAAACCUAUAAUGUAUCCAUAUGUCAAAACUCAAAAUGCAACGUUGGAAGAAAAAAAUACGUCUUCCAUUAGUAAUAAACGAUCAUCAAAACCAGGAAAACAGAGUCCAACUGUAAUUAGAUUUAAACUUGGCAAUAACGAAGUCGUACGAAGUACACACGAUGACAUAAAUACAUAUAACGAGUUUACUUCUGAUCAUCAUCUUGGAACACCGAAAGAAUUAACUUGGAAGCAAACUUCCAUAUACGAUUUUCAUGAUGGUAGUAACGAAAGUGAUUAUGGUCGUUUUACUAUCGAUGAAUCACCGAAACGAAAAAGGGCACCAAGAAUUAAUACGCAAAAACGGUUAAAACGCGACUAUGAUGGAGAUGUUGAUGUCUUAAAUGAUGUACCAAAAAACGGCAUUGAAGAAUUAUUAAAAGCCUCGGCUUAUACUUUGGGAAAUGGUGCUCAAAGAUUAGAUGUAACGACAUCGAUGAUAUCACAAUACAAUCAACCUAUACCACCACCUACUGGUAUUUAUAAAUUGAAAACAACCAGUUCUGGUAGGGCAUCUCCAUCUACUCGAGAAGCAAUCGCUGGGAUGUUAUCCUUCAGCGAACAAUGCUAUUCAACUACAUCGAACAGUACAUCGAAAUCUACAAAAAUCACUAAAAUGCAACCUGACGAAGACGACGAUCAAUCGAUAGAAAAUAUCGAUAAAGUUCACCAGGACGAUGAUUUUAUUUAUCCGUCUCUUGACGCUUCGGAUGACGAAGAUUCUAUUUUUAAACCAAAAGCGAAAAGUCAAAUAGACGAGGCAUGGAAUCCAAAAGCCAGAGUAGGACCUCUCCUGCCAAAGACAAAUCGUCCAGCUCGAGAAGGUGUCAAGAAAACAUCUGUUGAAAAAGGACUCGAAGCAGCAGCAGCAAAACGUGCAAAACAAUCGAGCACAACCAAACGGACAUAUAAUAAAAAGAAGCAAAAGAAUUCAUCCGUAACAUCGACAACUGGUACAUCGACUACAACUUCAGAAAAUACUGUAAAAACAAGCAUCGGAUUCGGUUCAAUAUUAACUAGCCCUAACAGGCUUAAAGAUGUAAAAGCAAAACUAGCAGCCCCGGUUCCAGUUGAACGAAAACCAAAGAAAGGGAUGAAAACGGCUAAACAACGCUUAGGAAAAAUCUUGAAACUUCACAAAAUGAUGCAUUAAAUCGACAACUAGUAAAAAAAAAAUCAAAAACGCAAUGAGCUAUACAUACAUCACAUCAUUUUCUCCAUUUGUGUACAAAAAAAUGUAAUAGGUGUACAUUGCUAUGUAAAUAUGUUCAAAUCAUUAAGGUAGUAUAUCUAAUAUUUGUCUUAAGAAUCUAGUUUUUAAAAUUGCGAUCGUUUUUUUAACGAAAUAUUUAUAUUUAUUACCGUACUAUUUGAUUUUAAGACGUCGUAUAUUAUAAUAUAUAUUGUAUGUUUUGAUACUUGACUACUUCGGCAAGAAAUUAUGUUAUAGUGAACGCUUGCAGAAGCUCCUUCUAUAUGUACGAUUUUAUUUUAAAACUAUAUUCGUUAACAACUCAAAAAAGAAGAAGAUUAUUGAUCUAUACGAGUGUAAAGAGGCUGUAGUAUAUUAAAUUUUUUUCAAUUAACUAUUUAAUAACUAUAACAAAUUUUAUACGGCAUAAUAGCUGCAUGACAACAAAAAAAAUGGGAUAAUAUUUUGUAUAAAUUUAUUUAAAACUUUUCAUUUUGAUCAUGUGCUUUUCAUUACUUUUACAUCUUGUACUUAUUACUAUCUUCAGUUGAUACCAAAUUAUAUUCAUUUUGAUAUAUAUGAUAAUAUUUAAUAACUUAUUCAAAUAACUAAAUUUUAUACAUCUAAAGAAAAGUUUAACAUAUUUUAUAAUGUGAUUUAUUAUCAUUUCGUAAACGUGUAAUCCUUUUGUAUAUCUCUUAAUACAUAAUCUAAUCAAUGAUAUACAUAUGUCAAGAAAUACAAACAUUGCGCGUGCGCACGCAUGCAUUUGGUAUGCAUGUAUUGUUGCUGUUUAAUUGCUCUGUUUAUUAUCGCUUUCAUUGGCAAAUAUCAAUGAUACAAUUUUUCACUUAAUCGUUGAUUUAUAUAAUUGUUAAUUGUAAGAUACGAUUAAUUAAAUUAUAUAGUUUUCAUACUUACAUUCAUGCAGUAUGUAUUCGUGUAACUUUUAUAUAUAGUUGCGAUGUAUGAGUUCGUAUUAACGGUUAAAAGAUACUUCAUACUUCCCGCUGAAUUUAGAAUGCAAAGGAAUGUGAGCGCAUGCGUGCGAUUGUCUAUACUUGGCAGUAUUCAAUGGUACCUCGAUUAGUGUUGAUCGUUUUGUAAAAUUUCAUGUUAAUCUGACAGGUUCUCGCGAGAACGUUUAUUGACCGUCCAUUCGCUGUGUCGUUAUUAAUAAUAUGUACAAGUGUAUAUACAUUUUAACAAUUUUACCGUGUUCAACAUCUGUGUUCGAAUCAGUAUCAAAUUUUUGUGUCUUUUUCUACAAAAAAUAUUUCAGAAUAUAUGGCGUUUUCGAUAGUGUAUGAACCGUGAAGCGAUCGUGGAACAGUGAAUUAAUAGUAAAAAAUAAAUUGUGAUAUACAAUAAUAU